AUGUUUUACAGCAACUGGCCGACUCCAUUCCCGAUGAACACAUCACUCUAUCUCAACUCAUCGGCUACUUUUAUUGACUUGCCUGUGAUCUCUCCAUCAUCAUCGCCAGAACCACCGCCACCGCCAUUCACUCAACGUCAAGUUUCACCAAUUGACAUUCUAGCAAUGCCAUUUUCAAGUGGCAAACCAAGGACAUAUCGAAAAUAUGAAACAGCUUUCGACACAACAAUUACUUUCGAGCAACUAACCUAUGAACUUUUACCUAAUGGUUGUUUCUUGUCGGCUCUCCUAGCAUGGAACUUCACUUGUUCACACUUGGAUCAUGCUGAUGUACGAUGGACAACACAUGCACGACAAGUUUAUGUAUUUGAUAUGCAUGGAUAUACAUCAAUUGACGAUAUACCGAUAAAAGACGAUGAUGAGCAAGUUUAUCCAAAUGUUAAUCUGUCUACGAGACGACAUUUUGAGCUAGCUACCGAGUUGAUUAUGCACUCGGAUCAAGAUUACUUUUAUAUCAAUUUGAAACGUCAGCUACUGAAUUCGAAUCGAACGGCAAAUGACCCAUGCAUGGCAUUUGUGUUUAAAGGAAAGCAUAAGAGACAGUUUCACUAAACACCACAAAGUACAACGAGUGCUCGAUGCAAUGGCUCCUUCUUCACGAACUCUAAAUAUUUCUUUUAUAGAAAAACCAAAAAAAAAAAUGAUUUGUUAUUGAUCGACAGUGGUAUUUCUGCCUUUAUUAGUCUGUCUUCGGUGGCUCAUCAACGUGGCUAUACAAUCGGAAGGCGAGUGAGGAUGUGACACAUCCCAGAGUUGCAACCAGUAGGGUUUUUUCUUACUGGUACUAGUCUAAUCCGGUUAGACUCGCCGGUAGACCGGUAUCAAUCAUUUUUCACUUUUCUCAGCAUGUAACAGUCAAACCAGCGCCUCAAUUAGUCAUGCCUACCUUUGAGUUACUACAGAAAUUACUCAAGGCUUCUGUUUUACUAUUACAGUGCUUUUGUGAAACAUGAUUGUUAUUGAGUGUUGAAGUAUAGCGAGAAAAGUGCCUCUGCCUCCCACUCCUCAUCUACUAUGACUGACAGACAGAGUUGGCAAGGUUUUCGUGUGUUACAAUGAUCUAUGUGGCUAGGCUUCUCUUUAAUGAGUCCAUCGCGUUUCACAUUUCAAUUCCUCAGGGAUUACGCUGAAAAUUUUUGUUCGAAUAAAGUGCUAUUUUUUCGUUAACUCCGUAUACUUUUAAUAUAUCAAGCGUCCACUUCACCGCCAACAGUACUUGAUGGAAUUUGUGCAAAUACGACAUGGAAUCAGAAUGGCGUCACAGUUGCUGAAGGACAUGGAGUAGAAUUGUACAGAUUAUACAUCCACAGAAAGAACGAGUAUGUUAUCGUAUCUGUCUACGUUUGUCUCCCAUGAUGAGUCAAAGUAGCGGGUGUUUUGAAGAAAUUGUGAAAGUGUUCUUCUAUCGUUUCAAUUUUAUUAAUCGACCGAUAAUUUCAUGUGUUCAAGAUUUUCAAAAAACUGUAGUACAUCUUGACUUUGUGACAAAUCAGAUUCAAAGUCAGUGACAGAUUCUUGUUAUCUCUGAUAAUUUUGCACUUGUUUAUACGAUCAUUCUUUGUGAAUUGAAUAUCGAGAUUCACAUUAAAUCAACUUAGUUUUCCACACCCAGCGUUCUUGGAUGACGAUCGUACGGUGUUCGUCGUAGAUCUGAUCAAUAAUAGAAUAGUCAAAUUGAUGUUGUUUUGGUUAUGUACCAUUGCGUUUUCUUGUUUGUUUCCACUUUAGCAAUGAGAAAAAUACUUUGUCCACAAAUAAAACUAGCAAGAGAAUUUUUGAAAACUCUAUGCCUGGAGUUUCAAGUAAAAGAGGCAUGACCGAUGGUGACCGAGGAGGCAGACAUAGUGAAGCUAUGAUUAUGGAUGAAGAGCAAAAAUGACAGCCACAUCCACACUUAAAUCUUAUGAAGCCAUGAAAUCCAGUCAGAUCCAUGAAAUCUCAACAGAAAUUAUUUGCAUCUUUCACAAAAUCACUCCCGAUGUUCUAAAUUCAUCAAGCUUGGUAUAACAAGCAAAGGGUGUGCGUGGGUGGAUGGGUUAUUAAUCGUGAAAAGUGUUUCAUCCCAUAUUAAACCAUCAGUAUGUUCAGUAGAACCAUUAUCUUUAUUUAUCUGUUAAAAACAAAACAAUAAACAUUCUUUAAAAUGUUAGAAAAAUAAAAUGACUUUUAAUGGUAUUAUCUCAUUGGAUUCAUCUAACAUUUUUUAAACUUUGAUAAUUGGAAACACUAAUAAUUUCAAAUAUAUUGCAACAUUUUUUUUUUACUUUAUAUCAUUUUAAAAAGAUAAUUUAAGGAUAGUUGGUGAUAAGUGAUUUAAAUGAAUUCUAAAAAAUGCCAAUGUUGAUAAAGCUGAACGAAGACGAUAACCAGGUGGUAAACAUAUAUACAAACACUAGAUAAUGUGUGACUGUCGCUAGUUGGUGCUUCUGGGUACGGUGUAUGUUGUAUAAUGUUAGAUGUUGGUUUAGGGUGUAUGUGCGUUGUAUUGGAGUGUGACUAUGUUGAUGUUGGAUAUUAAGGAUGUGGGUGUGAUGAUGGGUGGGUUUGAAUACGAUUGUGGAUAUGCGGUUAUGAGUAUGAUCGGUUGGAAUGACUAAGAGAAGCAUGACACGCCAUGCAUACUGAGAUUGUCCUGAACAUCUUCACCGAUACCGACAUCUCAUGCCUUGAUGAGAUAUUAGUGUGCAUAACGUUUGUAAAAUAGUUUAUUAUACAGAAAGAGGUCAACUAUGAAAAAAAAAAUUAAAAUAUUAGUCUCUACAACUUCUAUGAUAUUUGUGAAUCAUCUAUUGCUGUUGAUAUUUUGAAUUUUUCAUGGUUUAUUUUAAACUCUUUAUUCUAUUUUGAUCCAUACCACUAUGUAGAGAAUGUUUCAUUCCGUCAAGUGCAGUAUUGCUUAAAAUGCUGUUAUGUAAAAUAAAAGUCGAGUUCGAAAAAAAACGCCACAUCUGUUACAAAAAAUAGCAGCGGGUUUUUUCGACAUGAAAAAAACGGUUCUUUCAGACAAACAAUUAUAAGUCUAGGAAACUUAUGUAGAAUUUUUUCAUAUGGAUUUGAAUGAUAGAACAGACUUCAGACAUAUCCAGAUAAUUUCCUAUGUUUGUAGGAGUUCGCGUGGACUUUGAUCUUUUCUUUAUUCAUACCUACAUCGACGUCUUGAUGCGCCGCAUGAAAUGGCUCUAUCGUGUUCCACGUUUUAAUCAUUUUAGAACUUAGUUGGAAAGCGUUUCCAACAUGUUGCGCAACUUUUUUAAGCUAUUUUUUAGAAACUAUUACGUUGGUCUUCCAUUGAUAUUUUAUUAAGUAUAACAGUUUUGAAAGGCUCAUAUCGAGAAAAGACGAAAUCUGAAAAUUCUAAAAGUAUGUACUUAAGCUAUUCGAUCAAUUUUCUUUCUGUUUAAAAAUAACGACUGCUUUAUUUGAUAUUUGGAAUGUCGCUUCUAAGUCGACGACUUGCUUAAAAAUACAAUCGAAGGAAAUUAGUAAAAAGAAGCGAGCCUUACGAGUGCAUACAAAAAUAAGUGACAUUGGGUUGCUUAAUAUGAUAGUUUCCGUCCUGUUCGAACAUUUGUUCUUUCAUGACUUUCACUUAUUAUGCUCGUCAAUUACUGUUUGCACAAACGACUUCGACCAUGGAUUAUACUCAAAUAGUAACGGAAGUUGAAGAAGCAUUCACAGUAAGAUUAAUAAAUACGCAUAAGUAUCCAACACAAAUCAUUCGUUCUUAUUUUGUUGCUUAGGGUGUUAUAACAGUUUCUCAAAUUCUUGUUAGAGCAUAUUUGGAAAUACUGUCUUGUGGUUUCGGUACUCUUCCAGUCGAUGCACGUUGACAAAUGUGGCUCGGUAGAAAGUUAUUUGCUCAUGCAUGUACUAGAAGUACACCAUUUAUUGACAAAGACCGUGUGAUACUUCGACAAUUAACUCCAAUAAAAAGCUUCGCUUAAUUCGAAGAAAUCGAUCUACGUGUUUGGACUAUCAGUAUAUAUAAAUAGAGAGAGAGAAAACUUCCUUAAGCCUUUUAUAAUGUAGUAUAGUACUACUAUCAUUACUAUUGCUGUAUUCUAAGUAUAUUAUAUAAAAGCAAUAAAAAAAUUCAAGUCUG